ACUUCUCAUGGAAGAUUAAUCAAUUUUGUCCCUCCAGGCUGCCCGUAGUUGUUUGUGGUAUACAUAGACUGUACAUGGUGGUAGAUAUUUGGACUUUGCCCGUUAAAAUAACCAUAUAGUUACCACAGACUAACUUACUAAAAAUAUAAUCGGGUUUGAAGUACGGGAAGAUGACAUUUCGCGUAACAGGCUUCUGUCAUUUGACUCCUCAAUGGGUUUACUGAAUGUAAGUCAGCUUGCACUAAGAGCUGGCAGAUGCCUGAGUCCCUUUUCAACACCAGUAUCAUGGCUUUCCACCGAAGCCACCCUGCUGGGGCACAAGAACAUACUGCUCAUGGGUCCACCUGGAGCAGGGAAGACCUCAGUGGGGAGGAUAGUGGCCCACAGACUGGGACUGCCUGUAGUUGACGUUGACGACGAUGUCUUAGAGGUGGCAUGGAAGAUGCCUGUGGCUUCCAAGCUUGCAGCAGUCGGCGGAGAGCGUUUCCUGGAGGAAGAAGGCCAGGCUUUGUGUAACUUCUCUGCCUCUGGGUGUGUCGUCUCCCUUACAGGCUCCAACCCUCUUCACGCUGCAGCGAUGCAGCACGUCAAAGAGUCCGGACUGGUCAUCUACCUGGACGUGGCCAGUGAAGACAUCAUACAGAGACUCGCCAGGAUGAAGGUGAACAGGAUAGUGGGCCAGGAGGCAGGGGUGUCCAUGAUGGACAUUCUGCGUUACAGGAAACAGUUUUAUGAGAAGUGGCUUGAUGUGCGGGUGUUGUGUGGAACAGGGGACACGGUGGAGGAAGUAGCGGAGAAGGUGCUGAAGGCUGUGGAGAGAUAUCAGAACCAUGCUGCAGAAACCUUUGUGUCAACCAGGAGUGACAGCGGGGAAUCGUCCAAUCAGGAAACAUACUUUAGUGAUGUGGUAGUUGAGGGUCUGGCCACAGAUGAAGGCCUCUAUGUUCCCAAAAAUGGCUUCCCAAACAUCGAUGCUCGUGAAUGGCUUAGACUAGUUGACAUGUCAUACCCAGAACGAGUGUUAGUUUUACUUGAAAAGUGCAUACACCCAUUAGAUGUCCCUGCUUUGGAUCUCAGAACGAUGAUAUUCAAGGCAUAUGGGUCUAACUUUUCUAGUGAGGCAGUAGCACCUGUAAAACAUCUCAUCCACAAUCAGUAUGUUCAGGAGCUUUUUCACGGCCCCACCGCCUCAUUUAAAGACCUGGCCUUGCAGCUGAUGCCCCAGCUCUUCGCCUACUGCCUCCCACCGAUGUGCAACUACCUCAUUCUGGUAGCCACCUCUGGAGACACUGGAAGUGCUGUGCUCAGUGGCUUCAGCAGGCUCAGUGGCACUGACAGACACAGGACCGGGGUGCUGGUGUUUUUCCCAGAGGAAGGCGUGAGUGAGAUUCAGAAGCUUCAGAUGACGAGCUACAGGGAGGGCAACGUCAGAGCCGUCAGUGUCCUGUCAGACUUUGACUUCUGUCAGAGAACCAUGAAGAGGAUGUUUGGAGAGUCUGGGCUGACCGGGCACCUCGCUGUAGAGUACGGCACAGUCCUCAGCACCGCCAACUCCAUCAACUGGGCACGGCUGUUGCCACAGGUGGUGUACCAUUCCUCAGCCUAUUUGGAUCUAUGCAGAGACGGUGUUAUCAAGUUCGGGGAGCCCAUUGAUGUUUGCAUCCCUACUGGUAACUUUGGUAAUGCCAUGGCAGCUGUGUACGCCAAGCAAAUGGGCAUCCCGAUAAGAAAAGUAAUCUGUGCGUCCAACCACAACCGCAUCAUCACAGACUUUAUCACCACAGGCGAGUACGAUCUCCGGGGACGGCCUCUGAUGCUCUCCCACUCCCCUGCAAUAGAUAUCCUGAAAUCCUCCAACCUUGAGAGGUUUAUCUACCACGUCUCAGGCGGAGACAGCCGUCUUGUCAAGGAACUGUUCACACGCUUAGACAGACAACAGCGCUUUCAGGUUCCCGAGCCUCUUCUUGGUAGGAUACAGCAGGAAAUGCUGGCUGGCUGGUGCUCAGAAGACGACUGCUUGGCUGCCAUCCAGAGCGUACACACACAGACGGGCUACGUCAUGGACACACACACCGCCGUGGCUAAAGUCGUGGUUGAUAGGCUGCAGGAUGGUUUGUGCCCCGUGGUGCUUUGUUCCACUGCUCACUACGGGAAAUUUGCUCCCGCUGUCUUCAAAGCCUUACAAAUCCAAAAUGUUCCAGAGGAUCCUGUUGAGCAGCUGAAGAAGCUCGGAUCGACUGCAUGCAGACCAGAAAUACACAGAGACAUGAUGAAAUGGCUAAAGGAAAGUGGCAGGAGGGGACACACCGUUUGUCAGGCAGAUUACAGUGUGUUGGUAGAAGAGGUGGAGGGUAUGGUACAGGACUCCUUCUUGAAAGUUAUGUAGAAUUAUUUUAACUUUUGUUGAUGUCCACCUUAACUGAAUGUUAAUUUAAAUCAGAAUGAAUUAUUCACAUAAAGUAUGUUCCUCAUGUGUCCUGAUGUUAUCAUGUACUCAUUCAAACAGAAAGAGAACAAAUGAAAGAAAAAUGAUGAAAAUUGAUUUUUAAGCCUGCAGGAUUGAGAAAAAAAUGAACAGCACAUUCACUCUGAUUGUACUGUAAUAGAGCUCUAAACUGUUUUCUGACUCGAUUUAAAGCCUAUUGAUUAUGCAACAUUUCUUUACAUCAUUAUCCAGAGCCCUGGCCCACUAGAUGGGGGUGUCUACCUCUUGGCCACUGCCGUGUGGAAACACUUGUGCCAGCAUCGCAGUAACAGUAUAUGGGUAUCGCUGUAUGGGGAAUUAAUUACUGGCUAAGUGAGAAGGUCAAAUAGACUAAUGUGUGUAAAAUCAAUAUCUGCAGUCAGGGAGAUAAUCAUCUUCUUAAAGUUAAUUGCAUGCUUAUGAAUUGUACAUAUCUGCAGUAUAUUUCCUUUGGCUUUUUAUUUAUAUAACAAUGUUUUAUUUACGUCAUGUUUUUUCUUAUUACUUAAACUUUACUCUCACAGCGUGGCACUAAAAUACAGCUAAUGAAUUGAUCUCCAUGAGUUUCACAGUCCACUAAUUGCCAGGUGAAGCUCGAGUAGCUGGUAUGCUCCUCCUAAUAGUAUCCACUGACUCAUUAACUACUGUUCUGAAGGUAGAAAGGUUUUUCCCCAUUAAUAAACCUUUUGAACCACA